AUGGGAAGGGAAGGAAAAUAUCGCGGGGGCGAGAGGGAGGAUAGGUGGACCGUGACGGAGCGAGCGACAGUACUGCUUCUGAUUGCGGGAUGUCUUUUUCGUGUGGGAUUUUUCGAAUGUGUCGAUGUGCGGAUAUCGGAAGGUCGGACCCCCAAUGCGGAAAGUUUCUCCGACUGGUCAGAUUGGAAGUAUAUCACACCACCGACGCUUCGACCUCGUCUAGUACUGCAACUACAAGGGAUCGCGUCACCCCGCAGUGUUCGACCCCGCAAGCUCAACCGGAUGUUAUUUGGGGUGUGCUUUCUGUUGAGCUUGCCAGGCGGUUCUGCGAUGCAGCAGGUGGAUUACUCUCAAUAUGUAAAUGUUUUCAUGGGAUCGGAAGGCCCCUUUCCUGACCAGGGGUUUGGAGGUGGUGACAUCUUUGUCGGUGGUGCUCGCCCAUUUGGAGUAACCAAGGUAGGCAUCGACACAACUGCAGCCAACUGGAGCACUGCGGUACUGAAUGGAGGCUGGACUCCGGAUGGCAAUGUCACUGCAAUCAGUAUGAUGCAUGAAAGUGGCACAGGAGGAGCUCCCAAGUAUGGCAUAAUUCCUCAGAUGCCCCUGACAAGCGUCGCCCCACCUGUGAAUAUACUCGACAAUCUCACCUACAGCCAGCCAAGGGUCGCCACGGAUAUUGGUAGUGUCGGAUACUUCGCAACGCAACUACAGAACGGCGUUAAAGUGGAAUUAUCUGCUUCCCGUCACGCGGGAAUUAUACAAUAUAGCUUUCCUCGAGGUGAAAAGCAUGUGCUUGUGGACAUAUCGCAUUACCUCCCAGGAUCACCUACAGAUCCUAAUAGCCAAUUCUACGUGGGCGGAGAAAUACAACUCGAGGACAACGGCAGAGCUUACUCCGGGUAUGGAACGUAUAUAGGCGGCUGGAACAAUGGUGGUCCUUUCACUGUUUAUUUUUACGGGGAAUUUUCCGAGACACCUAAUACUGCGCGCACAUUUAGCGGAAAGAACACAGACCCGAUUCGUCAGUACCAGACGGUCUCAAAUGGAGGCACAAGCUAUCCAACAUAUAUUAACGGGUCUCAUAAAGCGAUGUCGGGACCUAUGAAUGACCGGGUUGGUGCUAUUUUUAGUUGGAGCUCCGGUCCAAGCUCAAAAAUUAGCUCGAGAGUUGGCAUUUCUUUUAUAUCAACUGAGAAGGCUCACUCCUACAUUGAAUCAGAGAUUCCUUCCUGGGAGCUCAAUGAUGUAGUCAGAUCGGCUGUGCAGGAAUGGAGCGACAACGUCUUUAGCAAGAUCCAGGUACCCCUUGAUAAGACCGCGAACAUGACGCAUGUCCGUCUAUUAUACAGUUCACUUUACUUUAUACACUUGAUGCCGUCUGAUCGAACGGGCGAAAAUCCCCUGUGGGUGUCGGACGAGCCAUACUGGGAUGAUUUUUAUACGCUCUGGGAUAUAUUCCGUUGCACAGUCAGCUUUUAUCACAUAUUCCAGCCUGAGUACUAUGAGUCUAUGGUUCGGGGAUUGAUUGAUAUUUGGAGACACCAAGGGUUCCUGCCAGACGGGCGCUCUGGAAACUGGAAUGGACUGGUUCAGGGAGGUUCCGAUGCCGACAAUAUGCUGGCGGACGCAUAUGUGAAGGGUCUGCGUGGCGCAAUCAACUGGAAGGACGGUUAUGCCGCCAUGAAAACCGAUGCAGAAGUGGUCCCUUAUAACACAUUUGACCCUACCGAUAUUUCUGCUAGUACAAAGGAAGGCCGAGGGGCCCUGGUAGACUGGUUAGAGCUGGGAUAUGUCUCCCAGGACCGGAGCACGCGCUGUAUCUCGAGAACAGUCGAAUAUAGUCUCAAUGAUUUUGCCCUCAGUCAAGUUGCGACAGGCGAAAUGCCCAACGAUCGACAAAAGUAUCUCGAUCGGUCUGCAGGGUGGCAAAGGAUAUGGAAUCCUGAAGCCCGGAGUUUGGGUUUUACUGGAUUUCUUGCCCCAAGAUUCUCAAAUGGCUCGUUCAACAACAGUGGGUAUGAUCCACGCUAUUGUUAUGAGUGCGAAUGGCAUGCAUAUACCUACGAAGGUAUACCUUGGGAAUAUUCGUUUGUGAUCCCUCACGACAUGGAGUCUUUGAUUGAUCGCAUGGGCGGUGCUGAUACCUUCGAAUCCCGACUCGAUCUCAUGUUUCGACCCAACAUGUCAGUUCAAAACCUCGACGCAAACGGCGCCGGUAUUACAACCAUGAUGAACAUCGGAAAUGAACCCGACUUUGCUACACCAUAUCUAUACAACUACAUCAACAAGCAAGCGAAAAGCGUGCAGAGGUCCCGAGAUCUCGGAAAUCAAUACUUCAAAGACGCACCAUACGGAGUCCCCGGGAACAGUGACGCCGGAGCAAUGAACACCUGGCUGCUGUGGCAAAUGCUUGGGAUCUACCCCGUUGUCACACAACCGGUGUAUCUGAUCUCGUCUCCGUGGUUUCCCGAUCUGAAUAUGACCAUAAAUGGGAACCAAACGCUGCGGAUUACCGCAACCGGUCUGGAAGAGGGGUUCUACGUUCAAAGUGUCAAGAUCAACGGGAAGCCCUGGACGAAGAAUUGGUUCGAGCAUGAAGAUAUCAUGGUGCGAGGGGGAACCAUCCAUUUUGAGUUGGGUCCGAAGAUAACGCACUGGGAUACUGGUAGCGUUCCACCAUCGCCGGGGCAUCUUGUACUGUGA